AUGGAGUGGGAGCCAGAGGAUUGGGAUGAUGAGGAAGAUGGUGAGAAUGGACAGCCCCAACCAUUCCUAACCCAGAGUACAAAGGACCAUGGAAGCAAAAAGAAAAUCAAUAACCCUGACUACAAGGGCAAGUGGAAGGCCCCUUUGAUUGACAACCCAGAUAUAUUUACUUUCAAUUUUGAGCAGAGGCAAUUUCACCUGAGGCUAACCCUGCUGUCCAUUUCAACUUUUAUGCUUAUUUUAAAAGUUCAUAUGCAUUUGUUUAUUGAUGUGUGCAGAAUUCAAGGACGAUGCUUACAUCUAUGCUUUUGA